UCUAAGAUAAGAAAUAGAAUAAAUUUUCUCCUAAGGACAGACCUGAAUCUCUGAUUGCUUAGAGGCUGACUCAACUGGAGAUCAUGGCUCUUGAUGGUACUUGGAAGAUAGACCGGAAUGAGAACUAUGACAAGUUCAUGGAAAAAAUGGGUGUUAAUAUGGUGAAAAGGAAGCUUGCAGCUCAUGACAAUUUGAAACUGACAAUUACACAAGAAGGAAAUAAAUUCACCGUCAAAGAAUCAAGCAGUUUUCGUACCAUUGAAAUUGUUUUUGAGCUUGGUGUCACUUUUAAUUACAGCCUAGCAGACGGAACUGAACUCAGUGGUACUUGGAACCUAGAAGGAAAUAAACUUGUUGGAAAAUUCAGACGGGUAGACAAUGGAAAUGAACUGAAUGCUAUCCGAGAAAUUAUAGCUGGUGAAUUGGUUCAGACUUACACAUAUGAAGGAGUAAAAGCCCAGAGGAUCUUCAAAAAGGAAUGAACUUUGUUCUUGGAGCACAGCCCAGAACACAAAUUGAAUGGAAAAUCUAUAUUGUAAUAAAACUGUUUUUCUCUCUCUGAUUAGUCCUUUUGUAAACAUAACCAGUGACUCACAUUUCUAAUCUGACCAAGGCAAAACAAGUAAAAGCUAAUUAGGAUUUAAUUUGUUUUACAUUCCCUAAGAUGUACAUUUAUUGCUGUAUUGGUGUUCUAAAAGAAUUUGUGCCAUUUUUUAACACAGAUGAAUAAAUUUUGUCUCCACAUUGUUUUAUAAGUAGCUUCUCCUUAAAAAAAAAAAAAAGCUAUGUGCCAUAGAC